GCAGCCCUCAGCCCCGCAUCCCGCAGCCCCCCAGCCAUGGCCACUCCUCCCAAGCGCGGGCGGCUGGAGGGCAGGAUCAAGAAGGUCGCUGUGGAAGGCAACAUCGCUGCAGGGAAAUCCACGUUUGUGAGUAUCCUCAAACAAGCUGGUGAGGAAUGGGAAGUUGUUCCCGAGCCUGUAGCUAGAUGGUGCAACGUUCAGCAGAACCCUGCGGAUGAGUGUGAGGAGCUGAGUGGGUCCCAGAGGAGCGGUGGGAACGUGCUGCAGAGGAUGUAUGAGAAGCCCCAGAGAUGGGCCUUCACCUUCCAGACCUACGCCUGUCUCAGCAGGAUCCGGGCUCAGCUCAGAGCCCUGGAGGGCAAGCUCAGAGAGGCAGAGAACCCUGUGCUCUUCUUCGAGAGAUCAGUCUACAGUGACAGGUACAUCUUUGCAGCUAAUUUAUAUGAGUCUGAUUGCAUGAAUGAGACUGAAUGGACUAUUUACCAAGACUGGCAUGACUGGAUGAAUGAACAGUUAGGGCAAAGCCUUAAGCUGGAUGGAAUAAUUUAUCUCAGAGCCACUCCUGAGAAAUGCUUAAGUAGGAUUUACUUGCGUGGGAGAGAUGAAGAGCAAGAAAUCCCCAUUGAGUACCUGGAGAAGCUUCACUACAAACAUGAAAGUUGGCUUCAGCACAGGACACUGCGAACAGAUUUUGAGUAUCUACAGGAAAUACCUAUUUUAACAUUAGAUGUGAAUGAAGACUUCAAGGGCAAAAAGGACAGAUAUGAUCACAUGACUGAAAAGGUCAAAGAAUUUUUGAGCACAUUAUAAUCCUCUUUGAAGUGCAGGCAUAGUCAAACCCUUCCAACCAUCUGUGUGAUCAAAGUCUGAAGUACAGCUUCUGCUUUUAUAGAGGGCCCCUGGAGAGGCAGGACUCAAUCCUGUUGAUUUAGUUGUGAGGAACAAACAAACUUUGUGAAUAGGGAAAUUGUUCAAUAAAUCAGUAGAUCUAUUCAGUAUAAUAUUAAGUAACACCCACAAGUGCUGAAGAUAAUAGAAUUCUGAGAAUUCCCAAAUGUUGUGCCUGUUUCUAAUCUGAACAAUAAGUCCUUCUGGAGUAUUUUAUGGUAUUUGUUAAUUUAUUUGGUGCUGAGCUAUUUGAUUUUCAAGAUGGUGUAGUGGUUUUUUAGAUUUGUAAUGGAUGUGUCAUUGUUCUGAGGAAGAAUAAAGUAAAAGCCAUUUUUGCUGGUGUAGGAAUUUUAAUGCAGCCUGAAGUUUUGUAAGGUAUAAAACAACAUUGAUUGGCAAUUUUGAUACAUGAAAUUCUUCACAGCAUUGAAACAAAUCCAGAUACAGCUGAAAUUCUGUAGAUAGCAGAUUAGGUUUUAGCUCUGUUUCCAUGGUGCACUGCAAACUAGGAUAUUAAGAGGCUUUCUAUUCUCUACUUUUUUGGAUUUUUUUCCUUUUUUUGUUUUUUUCUUUAAGCUCUGAAUAAAACAAAGCUGGCUUUUGUUGGUGGUGAGUGCUCUCUUCCUGUAGAGGAGUAUGUUUGCUUGAUGGGUACCCUAAAAGGAAGAAGAAAAUUUUGGAAAUGGCCUCCAUCUGUAAAUGACAUGUUUCUAAACCUUCAUCACAUUUGGUAUGUCAGAGGUGGCUUCCUGCUUUUGUCCCAGCUUCUCCAUUUGAUAACUGGGCUUGCUGGGUGCUGCCAGACCCUGAAGUAGUUGAAGCAGGCUGUGGGUUCUCAUCCUCUUGUGGGAAGAAGGGGAAGGAGAUCUUGGUGGAGUUUCUGCUGGUUUGGUGCCUUUUGGUUUAUUUAUUUACUGAGCUGCUUUGUUUCAGGUGCUGAACAUGUAACCUACACAGGGUACACAUCUCAAGUACUGAGAGCUGCUUGCUCCUGCUUUAAACAUUUCUGAUCAAUUGCUCAGUUUGCUUUUGAAUGCAGAAUGUUCUGAAUGGUUUUGUAAAGCCUUUUGUUGUCUGCUGUGGUGCCUGUGUUACCUGCUCAUUUGAGAUGAAAUUUCUUCCUGUGUGGUUGGAAUUGUGCUGGUGUUCUCUGAGCAUUGACUGAAAAAUAAAAGUGAUUGGAAUGA